AUGGCCAUCAUCGACAAGAAGAUAUACGAGCAAACCCCGAAAGAGGCGAUUUCGUGGAAGAUUCUCUGCUAUGCAAUCAUCCUGUCCUUCUCCGGCUCAGCCCAUGGCUUCAACACGGCCAACAUAUCGGGCGUCCUCGCCUUCUCGCCCUUCAAGAAGCAUUUCGAGCUGAGCGGCAUGUCGGAAGAGUCCCUCGCUGACUGGAAAGCUUGGAUCACCUCCAUGCUGAUCCUCGGCUCCUGCGUCGGGUCUCUCAUCAUCGCCCCCAUCAACGACAAGCUGGGCAGGAAAUGGUCUCUUGGCCUCUCCGCCUUCGUCUACUCCGUAUCGGCUAUCUUGAUGAGCGCCAACCCGGGUGGUGCUGGAGGCAGAGCUGAGCUCCUCGUCGGCCGGUUCCUGUCAGGGGCAGGAUCCGGAGCAGCAAGCGUCGUCGGCACGAACUACAUGGCCGAGAUCGCGCCUAGCGCUAUUCGAGGCGGGUUGACCGCAUCAUACAACGCCAACACGAUGCUUUCUGUCGGCCUCGCGUACUGGAUCAACUACGGCGCGCUGCUGAACCUCGGUGGCUCGAACGCACAAUGGCAAGUUCCCAUGGGCGUCCAAGCCUUGCCUGGUAUCAUUCUCAUCGUCGGGCUUUUCUUCGUGCCCGAGUCGCCAAGAUGGCUGCUGAGCAAGGGCAAGUCGGAGGCCGCUGAGGCAGCACUUGAGAACCUGAGGUCUCUUCCUAGGGACCACACGUAUCUUCGUCAGGAGCUGUACGAAAUCCGUGCUGGACUCGAGCACGAGCUGGCUCUUUCCCCUGGCUUCAAGGGUUUCCUCAAGGAGAUGGCGUCCUCGAAUGUUCGGAAGCGCCUUGCUCUGGUCAUGAUGAUGCAGAUCGGGUUUCAGUUUUCUGGCGGCAACACGUUGACGUACUACAUGACCUCCAUCUUAGAGUCUAUCGGCAUCACCUCGAACUCCUUUAACUACCUCUUUGCAGGCAUCUACGGCAUGGUCAAAUUCUUCUCGGUUCUUCUAUACUGCCUCUUUAUCAUCGACAGACUUGGUCGCCGAACCGGACUCUUCGUCGGCUCAGCUCUCAUUCUAGUGUCCCUCACCUACAUCACCGUCUUCCUUGCGGUCUCUGACAAGUCUGGAGAGAUAUCCAAAGCCGGUGGCCUGGUAGCCGUAGUAUUCAUCUACAUAUUUGCCGUCGGGUACAGCUUCUCAUGGGCUGUCGCGCCAUACAUCAUCAACGCGGAAGCCUUUCCAACCAAGAUCCGCUCCACUUGUAUGGCUAUCUGUAUUGCCUGGCAGUACCUAGUCAACUUUGCCUUGUCACGAGCACAGCCGAACAUGGUCCUCGCUAUGCACUCGUGGGGACCCUUUUGUCUCUUCACUUGCGUUACGCUGUGCAUGACGGUCUAUGCGUACUUCGCCUACCCUGAGACGAAGGGCUUGUCGAUGGAGCAUAUGGAGGAGCUGUUCAACAUGCCUUGGUAUCGUGUCGGCAGGGCCAGCACCAAGGUCAUCAUUGCAGUUGGCGCUGAACCCACGUUGGAUGAGAAGAAAGAAAGAAGCAUCAACGUUGAGCAGACGGAAGAUGCUGGAAAGCCGCGUAGUGCUUAA